AUGGCAAACUGCUUUCGGAGACAGUCGACAACAAUGCCUGUAACCCCUAGGAGCGAGGGCGAUAUCCGCCAGCAGGCCGACCUCCGGAGCUUCGCCUUCAAGGACCUCAAGGAAGCCACCAUGAACUUCCGGCCGGACAGCGCGCUCGGCCAGGGCAGGUCCGGAUCGGUGUUCAAAGGGUGGGUCGACGAGACCACCUUUGCUCCGGCCAGCCGUGCCGCCGGUAUGCCCAUCGUUGUCAAAACACUUGAGCAGAAAGACUUCCAAGGCCACAUUGACUGGCUGGCUGAAGUGAAACGCCUUGGCCAAUUGUCACACCCCAAUCUGGCGAAGCUUCUAGGGUACUGCCUCGGAGACCAUUAUCUGCUCCUCGUUUAUGAGUUCGAACCGCAAGGAAGCUUGGAGAAUCAUCUUUUCAGUAGGGGCUCAAAUUUACAAUCACUGUCAUGGGCUCUGAGGAUGAAGGUUGCUCUUGGGGCAGCCAAGGGGCUCGCGUUCCUCCAUAGCGACAAGGCCAAUAUCAGCUACGGUGGUUUCAGGACGUCGCACAUUCUUCUUGACUCGAGUUACAAUGCAAAGCUGUCUGAUUUUGGGAUGCCGAAGGAUGAACCAACCGUUGAUAAGAGCUUUUAUAUUGAUGAAUUGCCGAGCUACAAUGCAAAAAGGCUGUCUGAUCUUGGGUUGUCGACCGGUAAUACAGAGGACCCGACGGCUGAGAGCAACGUGUACAGUUUCGGGGUGGUUCUGCUGGAGAUACUGGCAGGCCGGCGCCGACUGGACAGGAACCGGCCAUCCGGUGAGCAAGACCUGGUGGAGUGGGCGCGACCGCACCUGAGGAGCAAGCGCCAGAUCUCCCACAUCCUGGACGCGCGGCUGGGCGGCCAGUACUCCCUCUCCGGCGCACAGAAGGCCGCCGCGCUGGCGCUCAAGUGCCUCUCUGGUAACUUGAGUGUCCGGCCGAGCAUGGAGCAGGUGGUUGCGGCACUGGAGCAGCUCCAGGACACCAAGGAGGCCGCAGUGAGUGAUCAGGGGAAGGCGAAUGGCGGUGGCGCCUGCGGCUUUGUCAAGAAGUUUGGUGGUAGCCGGCAGCAGCAACCAUAGUUGGCGGCGAAGCGGCAGCAUCGGGGUGUAAAUAGGGAGGCGGAGACGUUAUUGUCUCUGAAUGUGAAAUUAGUGCUUCUUGCUUUUGCAAAUUCAGGUUUUGCCAUGGUUUUGUUUCUUUAUACAGAAGGGAUAUGAUUAGUGAACUUUU